CUCGCGUGACGUCACUUCCGCUUGGAGAGCGCAAGGAGGAUUUUGUAGAAGGCAAGGAAGGGGAUUGGGAGAUGAAAAACAACCCUACAGGGGAAAAUUAUUUUUGAUCGACGCUUAUUAAAAACUACAGCAUACCGGUGUAUAUGGAAAUAGCAGCAAAGCGGGUCCGAUUUGAGAUAAAUCGAUGAUAAAUCUGGAACCGGGAUCCAGGUCCACCAUGACGGACAGCAUCAUGAGCAAAGCUGCCACGAUGGAAAUCCCCAUCAACAGCAACGGAGACACGAGAACGUCUGAAGAUGACAGUCUCGAACAGAUUCACUGGAGCUUAGAGAGGAAGGAUCUGCAGCAGGUGAUGGUGUCUGGGCCGAACCUGAACGAGACGAGUAUUGUGUCGGGGGGAUACGGAGGAUCAGCCGAGGGCAUCAUCCCCACCGGCUCCAUCAAAGGCCCAGCUAUACUUUUCAACGAAGAGUAUUUUGAAAGAAGAUGCGGAAACGCCCCCAUGCCAGCCCUUCGCUCCAAAUCUAGGGACUUUCCACCCAGUCAUUCAGCUGCUGGUCGGAUAUCAUGCCAGCCAGAUCAUUACCCAGCUCCCAGCAUGCACCACAGUCACAGUAAUCCAAGCAUGACGUCAGAGGAGGCCACGCGUGGGAUUGCAGUGGAGAAAUUUGACAGUAUGAAGAAAUGGAGCAUCAAUACUUAUAAGUGCACGAAGCAGAUGUUUUCGGAGCGGUUUGGUCGCGGCUCAAGGACCGUGGACCUGGAGCUCGAGGCUCAGAUCGACGUGCUGCGUGAAACCAAGCAGAAAUACGAGCACAUCCUGAGACUGGCACAGGCACUCACCACUCACUUCUACAAUGUAGUGCAGACGCAGCAGGCGCUGGGAGACACGUUCGCUGAUCUGAGCCAGAAAUCUCCAGAACUGCAGGACGAGUUUGGCUACAACGCAGAGACACAAAAGCUGCUGUGUAAGAACGGAGAGACGCUACUGGGAGCAAUUAACUUCUUCGUGUCGAGCAUCAACACACUGGUCAACAAAACCAUGGAGGACACACUAAUGACCAUCAAGAUGUAUGAGAACGCAAGGUUGGAGUAUGAUGCCUAUAGGACAGACCUGGAAGAGCUGAGUGCUGGCCCGCGUGAUGCCGCUGCUAUGGUGCGUAUCGAACUCGCCCAGCAGGAGUACCAGAUCCACAGAGACAAGUACGAGCGCCUACGGAGUGACGUCACCAUCAAGCUCAAAUUCCUGGAGGAGAAUAAGGUGAAGGUGAUGCACAAGCAGCUCCUCCUCUUCCACAAUGCCAUCUCGGCCUACUUCGCUGGCAACCAGCAGCAGCUUGAACAGACUCUCAGGCAAUUCAACGUGAAGUUGAAGCGGCCUGGCUCGGACAGACCGUCAUGGCUGGAGGAACAGUAAUAAACCAUAAGACACGGUUAAUCUCAGCCUCUAGAGACUCAGACAGGCUGGAGGAUGGAGUGAUGAAUGGAUGUGCUGGCAGAUGUUGUGUGUCUGAAUGGAUGAGGGGAUUUAAUCAUGUGAUCAUGCCAUGAAGGAUGUAGUUUAUUUAAAGGCAGAUUUUAUUAUGAUGAAUGAGGAAGGACAGAUGCCUCCCAUGCCUUUUGUCUUUGUAUUGAAUUUAUUUUGUCAUGCAAAGUAAAGUGGAACAAGUUAUAAUCGCAUUUUGUUCAUAUGUAUGGCAGACCUUCGAGAGCAGUUACUUUAAUUACUUUUAUUGUAGAGUGGGCCGUAUUCUGAGUUGUAUCCUCAGAAAUGAGAAAUUAAUACUGAUGUUGUGCACAUCUGUAUUCAGACAACACAUGCAACUACAGACUUAAGCGAUAUUCAGACGUUAUUAACGUCAAUAUUGAGUUAAAGCUCAUUUUUAAGCCCAUUUUUCUUGCAUGAUAUCGGCUCAGACAAGAAACAGUAUUAAGUCUGGCUCCACUGUCUGACAGUUUGCCAUAAAUAUAAUAUGUCACACUGAAAUUUAUGUUUUGGGCUUUAAUUACACUAAAAAAACAUGGUGGAAUGUUAUUUGAGGUCAAUUUUUUAAAUAUAUAACACUAUUAAUUAAUUACACGUAUUAUCCAUUUAAAGCCAAUUAACCUUCAACACAGGAUAUGAAAAAAAAAAAAAGUAAAAUAGCAGGAGGUGCUGGAUCAAGUGCUAUUUUAGAAGUUUCUGAAUAAUGAGAGUGGAAGCCAUAUUGUUAAACCAAAUUUGCGGUGAUUAAUGUGAUAAUUACAGAUCAGCAUCAACAUCAACAUUUUGGUCUCAGAUGUAUAGAUUUUUGAGAUGCAUAUCAUCUUCUCAACCAUAAUGUAUUAGUCCUUCUUUUAUUUUUCAUAGUAAAUUGUCUCUUGCUUUUAUGUUGCAUUGUAUUUAAUUUGGCAACAAAAAACUCCCACUAUUUCCUUCUUCAGUCAGCAUUUUCUAUCCCUGAUUUUUUUCUUUUUUGUGUUUAUGUUUAAAAGCAGUGUUCUAGACGCUUCUACUCAAGAAAAGUCUGGAAACUACACACAGAUGAUCGGCAAAAUCCAUAUGGAGAACCCAGAAAAUCAACUUAAGUACCUGCAUAUACAAAGUCUGAAUACAUGCAAAUUCCUAGAGUCGUCAACUCUGAAUACGGCCCAGUGACGGGAAAUCGUGUGUAUGUGCACAGGACUAUUCUCUGGUACGGUGCAUUGGAAUUGAGGCAUGCUGUGGAUAACUGUUUACAGUACAUGUUCUAAAAAGGUUAAUUAAUGUAUAUUCUUGUGUAAAUUACAGUGUAAAGUCCCACAUAUCAAAUUAAACACAGUUUGAAAGGAGG